GGCUCUCCUGAACCCUCCUUAUCUUGUGUUGUGUGUGCAAGCUAAGCUUUCAGGAAAGGAAAGCAUGUUUCUUCUUCUUGUUCUUCUUCUUGUCCUGAACAGUGAAGCUAAGCAAAUGCACAAUGCAUGCUGUUCCUACCCUAUUCUUUCCUUUUCUGUGAUAACAUUUGCUCUCUUCUUCAAUCCGCUCUGAUUCUUCAAUCUUCUUCAAGCUUUUGUGAAACCCAAUUCCUCUAGAUCUAACUAAUCCAAAAGUAUGACAGCUAAAGGAGCUGUAAAGAUUAGAUUUUUGCCCAGAAAAUCCUAGCAUUAUAUAGCAUACUGUUCUGUUUUCCGGAAAAAAACAUAAAAACUGUUUUUAGCUAAAAGUCGAAAUUUUUUACAGCCCCACCGGUUGAAUGAGCAUGAAAGUGACCCAGAAAGAUUCAGUUUGGGAUCAGAUGAGAAGCGCCUCCGCCGCGCCUCUCUCUGUCGUCGCCACCUCGCAAAAUCGCGUCUUCCCCAAAUUCAUGGUCUGGCUCGUCCUCUUCGCCUCCGUCACCUACGUAGUCUACACUUUAAAGCUCCUCUCCGCCUCCGGCACCUGCAACGACGACGUUUUCGUCGUCCAACGCCACGGCCACUUUUCACAAAUCAACUCCACUGCGACUCCGGCGGGAUUAGCAAUGGGAGAAGAAGCGACCCGGAUUCGAGAACCCGAGAAAACGGGUCUGGAGCAUGUGGUUUUCGGCAUUGGGGCGUCGGCGAAGCUGUGGGACUCGCGGAAGAAUUACAUAAAGCUAUGGUGGAGGCCGGAGGAGGGAAUGAGAGGGGUAGUGUGGCUGGACAAACCGGUGAACACGUCGGCCGGAGAAAACUCGUCCCUCCCGGAGCUGAGAAUCUCCGGCAACACCUCCCAUUUCCCCUACAACAACAAGCAGGGCCACCGCUCCGCCCUCCGGAUUUCAAGGAUCGUGUCGGAGACCCUCCGGCUGGGGAUGGAGAAUGUGCGGUGGUUCGUGAUGGGGGACGACGACACCGUUUUUAUAACCGAUAAUUUGGUCAGAGUUCUCAAUAAGUACGAUCAUAAUCAGUUCUAUUAUAUCGGGAGUUUGAGCGAGAGCCAUUUGCAGAAUAUUUACUUUUCUUAUAGUAUGGCUUAUGGGGGUGGGGGGUUUGCUAUUAGCUACCCUUUAGCUAAGGCUCUGGAGAAAAUGCAAGAUAGAUGUAUUCAGAGAUACCCUGGGCUUUAUGGGUCUGAUGAUCGAAUGCAGGCUUGUAUGGCCGAACUCGGCAUUCCACUCACCAAAGAAGUCGGUUUCCACCAGUUUGAUGUAUACGGGAACUUAUUUGGGCUGCUAUCGGCACAUCCGGUGGCGCCAUUGGUUUCUUUACACCAUCUUGAUGUGGUAGAACCGAUGUUUCCCAAUGUUACUCGACUGGAAGCUCUGCAACGUCUCAUGCUUCCAAUGAAGCUCGACUCAGCUGGUUUAAUUCAACAAUCGAUUUGCUAUGACAAGGCUAAGAGCUGGACAGUUUCGGUCUCUUGGGGCUUUGCAGUCCAAAUUUUUCGUGGAGUGUUAUCCCCGCGCGAAAUAGAAAUGCCGUCGAGGACUUUCUUGAAUUGGUACAGGAGAGCGGAUUAUACAGCCUAUGCUUUCAACACGAGGCCUGUCAUGAGGAACCAUUGCCAGAAGUCGUUUGUUUUCUAUUUCUCGAGUGCAGAAAUGGAUGCUUUUGCUAACGAAACAGUGAGCAAGUAUAUUCACCAUCCGCUUCCCCGUCCUUUUUGCAAAUGGAAGAUGCCAAAUCCUGAAGAACUCGAGAGAAUCGAGGUGUAUAAGAAGCCUGACCCGCAUUUAUGGGAUAGGCAGUCUCCAAGGAGAAACUGUUGCAGGGUCUUAAAUUCAGACCAGAAAAGUAUGGUGGUGAACGUCGGGCAAUGUAGGGAAGGCGAGGUCAGCGAAACCUGAUGGUGACAAAAAUGGUACGAGCCCCGGCCCCUUCCCCUGUUCUUGAACCGCCUUCUCCCCGCUGGUUCCCAUCGUUUGUUUGCUAAGCCUCUCCACGGAAAUUUUCUUGGGUAUUGCCAAGCUAAUCCCUCGUCGCCAGGGUGAGAAUUUAUUUAUGUAGAAAUGUUAUAUAUAUAUAUAUGAUGUGAUGAUUAGUGCAGUUUAGCAGCAAUGUAGGAUUCUGUAUUCUUUUUGAACCCUCCUCUCCUUCCGGAUUAUGCACAUGCUGCCAUGAAAUCUGAGAUGUAAAACAUCAUUUAUGAGAGUGUGUUGAAUCUUCUGCAAGAAACUCUCAAAUAUCUCUCUGCAUUCUUUUGGUGUCUUGAGCUCCAUAAUGAUGUGCUGCUUCUGGUAUCAGAUGUAAGGUGGUGUAUAUGUAUUAUGCUGUGCAGAAACUUUGUUUGGUUAUAUCAUAAAGUUUAAUUUCUUCCUGUACUUUAAAAAUAUAAAUUUGUAUGCUCUCUUUCUCUCUC